AAUCUGUGACGUCUCAGAGAUGCAGCUUCUCUGUUCAUGAUGAUACUUACUGUUAGCAUCGGCCUCAAAAUAAUAAUGAUGAGAAAAACUAUUUCCCAUGGGUACAGUAAAACUUAAUUUCAUGUUCAUAUCUCUGCUUUACUUUUAAGCCACACUUGUUUUGUUGUUGUUGUUGUCCCCUCUUUUUUGAGAAUUCAGCGCUAUCAAUGUUAUUUAGAUCUGUGCCAGUGGGUCCUGCAAACCACAAGGUUAAGCAGCAAUGUGAUUAUCCCCACCAUGUGAUCUACAGCAUGGGUAUGAAAGGAGGUCUUUUAUGUGAGCUGUGAGCAGUUCUCAGAGGUUUGGAUGCACUGGAAACAUACACCGUUCUCCUCCUCAGCUCGGUUUGAUCCUAAUCUUCAUCAAUACGGGUACAUAGGGCCUGUAGAGAAUGGAUCAUCAUACUUCCAGCCAACACAGUCAACCCAACCACGCCUCAAGCUUCCAGUGGCUUUCGUUUGCGUACCAGAGCCUGACAGAAAUCCCCUAUGACCCAAUUCUCACACAGACAGACAGUCUGGAGGUGCUGGACCUGAGCUACAAUCUUCUGGAUGAUCUUUAUUGGAACCCGGCUCUUCUGGGUCAGCUGGAGAAGCUCAGCACUCUCAUCCUGGACUGUAACAACUACACAUCUCACGUCAAGUUCCCCUACAUGCCCAGUGUGACCACGGUUUGCAUUAACAAGAACAAAAUCAACAAUCUGCCCGUGUUCGUGGAAGAGAUCCGACGCAAGUUCCCAAACAUCAAGAUCCUCUGUAUGAUGAACAAUGAGGCAGCACCGAGCUAUUUCAAUGGAGGAAGUCUGACCCAGUACAAAGACUAUAGACAGUACGUCAUCAGUCAGAUCCCAGGUCUGGAGAUUCUGGAUGACACAGAGGUCCUGCAGAAGGAACGUGCCCAGGCUCGAAAAACCUACAGGCUGCAGCAGAGCGGUCACAGCAGCAGAAAGAGGAAGGAGGACUCCUCCAGGGAACAUGCACACAUGCAGAAAAAGUAUAAUACUGUCAUUAGACAAUAGCAUAGACUAGUAGGUUUUAAUCCCUUCACUAAGAAUCACAGCUUUAAUGGCACAAUGUCUACCUUAAAAUACACUGUGAGCUCAGUCACUGCUAGUUCUACUGUGUAUUCACAGCUAUAGGAUGUUUACACAUAUAUUACUCAUAUUCAAAUCCAAACAUUAUGUUUAAUGUAGUUAUCAAAUUAAAAAUGGAAAUAUCCCAUGUCAUGUGCAUAAUCUUUUUCAUAUUUCAGUCUGGCAUAUGUCUACAUAUAUGUAUACUAUUUAAUAAAUUCUGUGAAGUUGGUUAUCGGAGUUAAAGCUGCGCCAGCCAAGAGUUGAUGAAAUUUUCAUAUAAUUCUGUUGGCACAGAGAUUUUUUUUGUAUAUCCAUUACAAAAUCCUUCUGAAAACUGGAGCAGACUGUGUACAUUCCCGUGUUCCUGCAUUGAGGCCAGGAUGGUGAUCAGCGAUGUAUGGGGACUGUUAGUUUGCAUCCAUGGUGCUACCACUAGGGGACAUCACUGUCAAAUAGAAAGCUGAAGGGGGCAGUGGCCUUUCCCCAUGAUGUAUGGACAAAGCUUCUCAUUAUAUUCUCUCAAUGCAUUGAACUUACUCUGUGUAGUGUAUGUGUGUUACCCAGUGUACCCUGGGUAAUGUAUAGGUUUAAAUUAAGGUCUAUUAGAUUUUGAGCUUGUGAGAUGAUGU